UCCCAUGCACUGAGCGUGAGAAUCACGCAUUUUGCCAAAUUCUCACACUGAUCGCAAAUUUUUCAUUUCAAAACUAAUAUCAACUGCCACGGGAGUUGGAAGCAAAAGCAGCGGUGGGGACAGGUGCGGACGGGGAGCGGGGAUGUUGAGUGUUUGCUGGGCUGGCGAGUCGCUCACUGCAACUCCGGCCAAGGAGCAGCCUCAGUGCAAGAGUCCCGGGGCAUCGGAGGUGUUGAACGCAUUACGCCGCUGCCAUGAGAGUCUCUGUGCCAAAUUCGCCCAGGUGACCAGCAUGGACCAAAUGGGGGUGGUUGGAGAAAGCAUCCUGCUUGCCUGCAGGCCAAUUCACUGGAUGUUUUUAAGAGAGAGAUACAUUUAGUUCUAGGGGCUAACAAAAUCAAGGGAUAUGGGGAAAAAACAGGAAAGAGGUACAGAUUUUAGACGAAUAGCCAUGAUCAUAUUGAAUGGCAGUGCUGGCUCGAAGGGCCGAUGGCCUAUUCCUGCACCUAUUUUCUAUGUUUUUAUGCUUGAGUAUAUGGCAAUAAAACUCGAUCACUUGAUUUUGAAGCAUUCAUGCAUGGUGGAGGUGUAAUGUAGUCAUAGAGUGAUACAGUGUGAAAACAGGCCCUUCGGCACAACUUGCCCACACCCACCAACAUGUCUCAGCUACCCUACCUGCUGGGGGGAAUUCCCUACCAUACUGUGGAAUGUAAUUAGGAAUGUAAUUUACUCUAACCUUAUUCAUAGCUAAUCCAAUUUAAAGCAUAUAUAUUGCAUUCAAGUGUUGGUUAAAAGACUCGCUACAGUAUGCACCAUAUUGCACAAUUUCAAGCUGAAAAAUGCAAAAGUUCCGUACUAAUGGGAGGGUGGACGCCCUCCUCCCACACCCCUCCCGGUCGCUAUGCUCCCUCGGGCUCGCAAUUUCUCACUCUCAACUCUCACCCAAUGUUGGUAGCCCUGGUGAUAUUCUAAUUUUUGCAGAGAAUUUAACAGUUCCUAACUUCUUACUUUGCUUCCAUUCAUUUAGCAAUGACCAACAGCACAGUUGCUCCCAACAGCACGAGCUGCCGCAAUUGGCUUGACCCCACUGCGAUCACAGUGAUCCUACCCAUCUUGCACUGCUUUGUCUUCCUUGGAGGGUUUGUGCUGAACAUAAUGGCUGCUUGGAUCUUCUACAAGAUUCCUAACCGCUCCAGCUUUACAAUUUACCUCAAGAACAUCGUGGCAGCUGACAUGUUGCUGGUGGUUACGCUUCCAUUUAAAAUCCUCUCCGAAUCCAACCUUGGAUCCUGGCAGCUGAAAGCCUUUGAGUGUCGCUACUCUGCCGUGAUAUUCUACAGCAGCAUGUACCUCAGCAUAAUAUUCCUCGGCCUGAUCAGCCUUGACCGCUACCUGAAGAUCGUGCAGCCUCGCAAAAGCCUCAGUGUGCAGAAAGUCCAGUUCGCCAAGGUCGUCAGUGUGAGCUGUUGGGUUUACAUCAUCAGCUUCGCCCUGCCAAAUAUCAUUUUAACCAACAAGGACGCCACAGAGGAAACUGCGGCACAUUGCCUGAAGUUGAAGAGCAAGGUGGGAGAGACUUGGCAUCGCAUUGUAUUUAUCAAUUGUGAAGUUAUUUUCUGGAUCAGUUUUGCUCUCCUCACUUUGAGCUACUUAGCCAUCCUGAAGAAACUGUACCGGUCCAACCAGAAAUUCCAGAACGAUUCCGGCACGGUGAACAAGAAAGCUAAUCGCAACAUUUUCAGCAUCUUGGCCGUCUUCUUCAUCUGCUUUGUGCCCUACCAUGUUAUCCGGAUCCCAUACGAGAAUAUCCGGUCAGCAGAGAGCGGCUGUACAACACACAACCGCCUGUACUACACCAAGGAGGCCACGUUGCUUCUGUGCGCAUUUAACGUUUGCCUCGAUCCCAUCAUCUACUUUCUUCUGUGCAAGUCCUUCACCAGAGUGCUGCGCCGAACAUUGAGAAUUAAGAGAAACAACGCGGUCAAAAUGGAUGAUGCAAGGAAAAGGGCACAGUCAAGUAAUGCCUCUUAUCAAGACUCCAGCAGAAUGGCGGUUGACACUGCCUGUACAAACUCUUCCACGUUUCCAUCUGAGAGAAAUACUAAGAAAACUAUUCAGAUUAAAGUACUGCAGCAGUCAGUAGCAGUUACAACAUUGAGCCCUCCGGUAGAAUCAGAUUACAUCAACACAAAAUUAUGAGGUGUUUCCGACACUCAAACAAUCCAUUCGACGAGCUAUUUUUUGCAACAUUCCCCAAUUGUUACUUUGCGAUGGUUUAGAGUAGUGCUUCUUAAACUAUUUCAGUGUCAUUCACUCUUGAGCCGUUAUCACAAAAUGUCAUUUACCCUCAACUAAAUGUUUUGACAAUUUUCGUCUUAUUUUCCCUUGUGUAUAAUUUGAUAUAUAAUUUAUUUAGUCACAUGAGCAAAAACAUAAAUUAACUUGAUGGGCCGAAUGGCCUAAUUCUUCUCUUAUCACUUAUGAUUUUAUGAACCUUCACAGGAAAUUUGAAGAGUGGAGAUAAAAGAUGUUUUACUGUGUAGCGAAUGUAGAAACAAAGGAACUGUAGACGUGGUUCACACAAAAGGACACAAAGUGCUGG